AUGGAAGAAGGUGGUUCUUCAACAAUGGACGAAGCUUAUGCUUCAACUAUGGAAGAAGUGGUUGUUGUACCUGACUGUUCGAAAGAUUUGAAGCCUGUGGUUGGGAAGAAGUUCAAAUCACUAGAUUUUGGUUUCACGUUCUACGAUGUGUAUGCCCGUGCUGUUGCUUUUGAUACGCGCAAAUCACAAAUGAGGAAAAUCGAUGGUAUAAUUACUUGGUAUAACGUGGUAUGCAACAGGGAAGACAACAAGAAGUCGAGCGAGGAUGACCAAGCAAAUGCACGGUCUGGUUUUUCGAUAAAACGUCGACGGCUAUCCAAGCGGUAUGGUUGUAAAGCCAGUAUCUCAUUCAAGUUCUUCUCCGACAGAGGAGUUUCAGGUUAUACUGUCGAGGAGUUCAACGAGGUUCAUAACCAUUAUAUGGUUGGGACAGAGCAUCAGCAGUUUAUGUCAAUCAAUCGAAAGUUGGACGACGUACAUCACCAAUUUAUUCUUGAUUGUUCAAAGGCUAAUAUAGGCCCCACGCUCACGUUUAAUGUGCUGAAGGAAAUUCUCGGUGGUUUUCAGCUCGUUGGCUGCAAUGUUGGGGAUAUAAGGAAUGCUUCACGAGACAUCAAAGCAUACGCUCAUGGUAUUGACGUACAAAUGGUGUUGGAUGAUAUGGCUAGGAAGAAGGAGAUGUCCGAGGCAUUCACAUAUGAGUACGAGGUUAAUGCUAGCAACCAGCUGGUUGCUCUGUUCUGGUGUGAUGGUUUAAUGAAGAGGAAUUACCACAUGUUCGGUGAUAUUGUGGCUUUUGACACCACCUACAACACCAAUAGGUAUUGUAUGAUCUUCGCGCCAUUCACGGGAAUGGACAAUUAUGGACGACCAGUAACUUUCGCUGCUGGUUUGGUAAGCAACGAGAAGACAUGCGCUUUUGCAUGGUUGUUUAGACAUUUUGUCCAAUGUAUGGGGGUUGCUCCGAAGAUGAUUGUUACAGAUCAAGAUUUGGGGAUGAGAUCGGCUAUUGAAGAGAUUCUUGUCGGGACUCGCCACAGAUGGUGUAUGUGGCAUAUCAUGCAUAAGUUGGCCAAUAAAGUUCCUGGUCGGUUAUUGAGGGACGAAGAUUUCAAGAAGGAGUUCAAUGCAUGUGUCUGGUCGGACCUGCUUGAACCCGACGAGUUCGAAGAAGAGUGGAAUGGAGUAGUUGAGCGUUAUGGCCUAGAAGAACACAGUUGGUUCAAGACGUUGUACGAGUAUAGGCAAUUAUGGAUACCUGCGUAUUUCAGAGAUUUCCCAAUGGGCUCGAUGAUUAGGACCACCUCGAUAUCUGAGUCGAAGAAUAGCUUCUAUAAAAACUUCCCGAAGCCACGCAACAACAUUGCCGAAUUCUACUUGAAUUUCAACCAAGCUGUGGAUUUUCAGCGGAAUAGUAGAACAAAGCUGGACUACCAAGACGCUACUGCCCUGCCUAUAUUGGCCACUACUUUGCCUUUCGAGAAACAUGCUUCUACUCUGUACACAGAUAGUAUGUUCAAGAAAAUACAAGAGGAGAUUGUUGAGGGAAAUGACAGAUGCCGCGUUUUGGGGUUCUCAUCUACAGACCGUGUUGACACCUACAAACUUGGAGACAACCUUCGCCAUUCCUACUUUGUGAGACAUGAUAGGACGACGACUCAUAUUCUUGUGAUUGCAAACUAUUCAGUAGGCAGGGUGAAAAAGAUUCUGGAUAACUACUGUGCAAGUAGAUGGAUGAAGACUCCGCUAGCUAAGGCUAUCCAUGGACAUGUUCAUGAGACUUUACCUACACAGUCCGUUGUUGAUGAAAGGCAAAAAGUUUCAAAGCAAGGGCUCUCACUGUUCUAUGGUUUUCUUCGUCGUUUUGAGACGGACAUUGAUGUGCUUCGUGCAUUCGUAGGUGGAUUGGAGGAACUUGGUAAUUCACUUCAAGCUGGAACUCCUUUAACAUCCGCUUCUGAGAAGAGGCGAAUGAUUGAACAGUUUUAUGGAAUAGAAAGGUCGGAAGUCGGUGAGGUCCACCCUCCGGAUGUGGUAAAGACGAAGGGGCACGCGAGCAGCUCCGCUAGUCGUCUGAUUUCCAAGAGAGAAAAGGCUAUCAAGGAUGCUACUAGGCCCCUUAGACGGUGUAAGGCGUGCAAUGAGUUGUGCCAUCACGACUCUGGAAAUUGUCCAAUGCUUAAAGAGCUUGAAACGGAGAAUGAGCUGCGUAAGAGAAAGAGGAAAUGUUGA